AUGAAGUUGUCCAUGUUCGCCGUCGCCGCUCUGCCGGCUCUUGCUCUCGCCCAGUCCACCACCACUGAGACGUCGACGACCAUCCUGACCAAGACUGUCACUCUCAAGAAGGUCCACACUGUCACUUCUAUUUCCACCACCGCUGCUCACAACACCACCACUGCCGCUGCUACUACCUCAGCCAGCCAUCAGUCUGUCGGCACUGCUGUCAGCUCGACUGCUUUCCACCCUACAACUGUUGCCACUUCUGGCGCCCCCAUCGCUACCGUUACCAAGGGCCCCCAGAACGCUGGCGUUGCUCUUGAGGCCAGCAAGAUCGCUAUGGCUGGUGUUGCCGGCAUGAUCAUGGUCGCUUUGAUGUAA